AUGCGUCUCAUCUCGUUUCUCAUCCCCUACCUCGUGGCUGGCGUUAUGGCCACUUCUCCGACUCCUUCGAAUCCUUCGACUCCUCCCACGGACCAGGAGUCCCAAAGGACUCCUCAGAAGCUGCGUGGGGUGAACCGCCAUGUCCCACUCAGCAAUCUGAGAAUAAUGAAUUUGAGGCGCCCCGUCCACUUCUCCCAGGAUUCGGGCGUCAAUGGUGAGACUGGCACAAUAAAUCUCCCUACCAGCCCCGGGCAGCCGGGGAAAAGGGCUACGGGACCAGGCGGCCAGUUCCCCCCUACCACAUCUGGUAGCGGCGUUGACAACUAUUCUGGCGAUCAGCCCAACCAUUAUGCCGGCGGCUCCCCUGCAGGGUCUUUGCCGCUGCGCAAAUCUGGUACGAGCCUUCGGUCAGGCGGCGGUAGCUCUGGUUAUGGCAGCGAUGUUGAUUUCGGCGGUCAGCCCAACGGUCAUGGCGGCGGCUCCCCUGGAAGGCUUCAAGCCAGGGGCAAGGUUGUGGCGGAGCCCGGGUCGGGUGGCGGUACCUCUGGUAGCGACACUGAUGAUUCGGACGAAAAGCCUUCCCGCAAGGGACGCCACGGAAAGUUAAGAAAAUUUACCGCGUAG